AUGACGGCUUACCACCAGAAACUCGGCGAUCCAAACCAUCUGGACGCUUCGCUCGACGACUUCCGCGCACCUCUGACCCCGCCGCCGACGCUGCCGCCCUCCUUCGUCCGUUACCCGUCGGCUCACUCGGGAUUCGUAGCGUCGUCGUCGCAGGUCAUCAGCGACGGUCUUCCCGGGGACGAGGAGCUUUUAAGGGAAUCCAUGAUGGACGAGAACGCGAGCGAUCUAUCUUCUCUCUCCGCCGGUGGUUACAGCCCGCCAGCCUGGAGAAGACUCGAAAACGGUGAUCGCAGCGCCGGCUUUUGGAGGCGCAACGACAACCUGCUAGGAUUGGGCGUGGACAGGCGGUAUGGUGGCGCCAGCCCCAUGAUUGACUAUUUUGACGAUAGGUAUCGGGCGCACGGGAUCCACGGAGGUCAUGACGACGAUGACGGUGCCGACGACGACGACGACAUUGUUCUGGAGCAGGCGAUUAGGACGCGCCUACCCACGGGAUCGCUUAGUCCGGAAAAGGGGAGAACACCGGAUCCAGGACUGCGCGACGACGACGACACACUAGUCAAGUUGAAAAGUCUUGCAGGUAGUCCAGAAAAAGCCAAGAGGGAGAUUGAGCAGUGGAGACGGCAAAGUGUCUUGCCCUCGAAAUCGCCCGAGGUUGCUGCAAGAGAAAACUACAUACGAUUUGCAGUCCGCGCCGACAUCCAGCAACGGACUGAACCAAUUGAGGCGGCCAUAACAUUUGUACGGUCCAAGGUACAGAUGGUAACGAAAUCAUGGGCCAAUCUAGUCUUGGCCGCCCUGGUAGCGCUCUUGUCCAUUACGACUGUGCGCUCUCUGUUUCAACCAGCAUCACAGCGACCCGUGCCGGACCUGAUCAAAGUCGCGGGUAUUGCGCGGGCAUUUGAACCACUCAUUUACUAUUCAGAAAAUGGCGUCUCGCAAGUAGGUGACCUGCAGGCCACUGGCGUCGCCGUUUGGGACCUGGGCGAGAGUGUGCGCACCUCCAACAUGACGAGCGCGCCGCUCAUUGUGCGCUCUCUGGACGAGCUGUCAGACUCGCUCAAGACGCUUGCAAUUGAGCUCACCAAGUUCUUUGCCAAUGUGGACGGGGAUAUUGACGGGAUCCUCAUUGUCAUGGAUUGGGCGAGAAGGGAGCUCACGCAGCUUCGGGGCCAGCCGAGCCCACCAUUGGCCACGGCCUGGGCCAACAUUCACAAUGUCCUGUGUGAUGCAGGCGUGCUCGAGAACCCAUCCACCGGUACGCCAACGCGGCUGGGCGCCAUUGCGACGAGUGUCUUUGGCAUGAGCCAGCCUCAGCGGACGCGCACCACACUACAGCGCACCUUUGCAGAGUUCCUUUCCGUACUCGAGGAGGCCAUCAACAAUGAGUUGCAACACAGCCUGGCACUGUUUGGGCUGUUUGAGGCCAUUGACCGCCAGUUCCUGAACCUGGCCCGGAUCGUGGUGCGCGAGUCAUCGCUGCAGGAUGAUCGACACGCCGACGACCUCUCGAGCCUCUGGACGCGCAUCUUGGGGCCCAAGGCGAGCGAGGUUCAAAAGUAUGAGCGCAACCGCCAGCUCCUGCAAAACGUGCGCGAAAAGACGGUCAUGAACAAGGGCAUCCUGGUCGAACACAAUGGCAAGCUCCUGACCCUCAAGGCCAAUCUUGAAAGCCUACGCCGCAAGCUCGUCUCCCCGCUCGUCCGCAGUGUCAAUUCGAGUACCCUCAGUGUCGAGGAGCAGGUCAAGGGCCUCGAGGACGUUGGCCUCUACCUCGAAGGCGUUCGUACCCGCCAAAAGGGUAAACUCAUGGAAAUGCUCUAUGGCAGCUCUUCCCGACCGAGCCAGCAAGUCGGCAGCGGAAGCGGAACCCGAGUAGGCACGAUUGAUGAGGGAAGAUGGGCAAGUGGUUAUUGA